AUGGAACACAAAGACUCUGCUGACUUGAAUCCUUGGGGUGCUGAGCCGUCGUAUGCUCAGCGCCUCUCGUCCUAUCAGGCCGAACAGGAUGCUGACUACCAUCAACAGCUGGACGACCUCCUCAAUUCGCCCAAAGCAUCCCGAUUUAGCGUUCCGCAUGACGCCAGCACCAACAACGGCACUUUCCUCAACGGUAAUCAUGUGCACCACCAAGACGACGACAAUGACAACGACGACGACUUUGUCUACGAUGGUAUCGAUGCAGCAGCUGCGCCUUCUGCAUGGACGCCCGACGAUAGCACCGUCUCGAGCGAAAUGAGCUCGGAUACGUACAGCGCCAAGCUCAAAGACAUCCUCGGCAGCGAUGAUGACGACGCCGGUCGAGACCAACAUGCUGAUCUCACGAUUGAACGGCCUGCUCGCUCCUCGAUCACCUCUCCGUCCUCACCGACAACUCAGAAGGCACCCGUACUCCAAGUUGAUGCCGACACAAGUUCCAACACAACACCUCGCCAUACAGAUCAAGCCCCCAGUGACGAUAGUUUCUCCUUCAGAUACCCACAUCCGCUACCCAACGAUGUCAGCUUCGACACCAGAUCAUCUACCUCAUCCCAGCGCCACCGAAUCCCAUCUCAGCCGUCAUCUUUGCGCAUCUUGACGCCCAGAUCCACUUCUGGCAUCGGCUUCUCACUGCUACGACAGUCUAGCACCAUGGCGUCUUCAUCAACUCCACAACGCCCCAUGGCCUACCCGUCCAUCUCUCGACUGCGUGCAUCCAUGGGCCGCGCUACCGGCUCCUCGUUCGCACUACCCAAACAUCUUAACGACGUGUCUGGAGCAUCUUCAGCCCAUCUCCCUGGCACGCCUUCAGUGCCGUCGUCACCACGAAAAGCUCGCUCACCGCUGCCGUUCGAAUUUACCGCCAACGGCCUCUCGGCAGCGGCUGCCGCUGCCCAUUCAUCCAAGGACGACGAUGCAAGUCGUUCCGCCAUCGCAGAGUCUUCCAUUACGCAGCGAUCCAGACAAAGUUCUUACUCAACUAGUGUUAGUGGCUCGAUCUUCGGCCAAAACAAGCCUCGUCGCUCUCGUGCUUCGUUUCCCUAUGGCGGUACAUCCAACGGGCCGUUAGUGCCGACAGCACAGAGCGCCACAUCGCUCCAUUUUCGUCACCAAUGCAAAGUCGAGUCCCGACGCUGCCAUCCUGUACCCACUGUGCUUGCUGUGGCCGGCGGUCUCAUCGCUGUCGGUACUCGGGGUGGUAGAUCGAUGGUCUGCGAUUUUGCGCAGCAGCCAAUAGCUUCGUGUGGACACGACGGAGGAAAUCAUGGCGAUCCUGUCACCGCUCUCGCCUUUUCCUCUGACCAUUCGUUCCUUGGUGUCGGCCACGCCUCGGGCAACAUUUUUCUUUACGAUCUAUCGAGUCCGGGACGUGCCGCUCGUCAUGUACCCCCAGUACCCUUGUCAUCUGUCAAGGCAGGCAAAAAGGAAGGCCAUCUAUCCGGAUCAGCCAUCGUGCACAUUGGCUUCAUCGGCCUCCGCCACACUGCCAUCGUCACCGCUGACAUUAAAGGCCUUGCCUUCUACCAUGCCCUCGGCAAAAUCCUUGGCGUCAGCUCCAAUGACACCCUCCGUCUACUUGGCAAGUAUCCGCAAUACGAGCACGAAGAUGAGCUUGGCCUUGGCGACACCAAGAAACGCAACACAAUCUUUCAGCUCAGUCCGUUGCCUCUUGGACCGCGGCCACAUUCGGCCGAUGAAACAAGCUUCAUCGCCAUGAUUACGCCUACAAAAAUGGUGCUCGUCGGCCUUAAGCCUUCUCCUCGCACGUGGUACCGCAAGGUCAACCGUGCACAGCCGACAGAGAAGCAGGACAUAGCUGCACCGGUGAAUGAGCAGCCAGUUCAAGAACCGAGCUGCCUCGCCUGGUAUCCAGCCUCAACAGAGACGGAUGGCAAGCGCAGGCGACAGACCAAUCCGAUCCUCGCUUUCUCGUUUGGAGCCACCCUGCAUCUUGUGCGCUUGAAGGUCAAGAGGGUGGAUCAGCCACCGGAUCCAAGAAACCCUCGUUCUACUAAUGGUGCCGGAGCCGGAUCCGGAUCCAAUGUCGUGGGCGAAGAGGUCGAUCCAGUCGAACUUACUGGCGAGAAUGGCAUCGAAGAGCCUGAUCACAUUGUCGCGCUGCAAUGGUUCAGCCCUGAUCUGCUUCUGCUCACCACAACUUCAGGCCUUGCACUCUUUGACUGUCGUGCUGGCAAAGUGACCGAACGUAUGAGGGGUGGUAGUGCAUCCGCGAUAUUGGCCAAGACAGUCGAGCAACGCUAUUAUGAUGCUGUUCUGCUCGGCAAGCACUACGAUCCACAUACAGAGACACAGGACAAUCACACCAACUCAAACGGAACAAAUAGAGUCCGUUCUUGGGCCCUUAAUCACAGCGUACGCAUUUCAAAGGGGCGAUGCUUCUUUUUGACCGAGUCGGACCUCGUAGUAGGUACUCUUCUCUCCUGGGCAGACCGAUUGCUUCUCUACGUUGUCCAAGGCGACUUUUUGUCUGCCAUCGAGCUGGCUACUCUCUUCCACCAAGGCAAAUUCUUGGGUUCCGCUGUCGGCCUGCCAUCCGAUCCCAACGAGCGCACUCUCAUCGUCGCUGACAAGCUUCGCGAGCUCAUGUCUGCAUCUGCGGAGUAUGCCUUCUCGCCGGACCGGCUCACCGAUGCCACGCAUGUAACGCCAGAUAACCGGGGCGUUGAUAGAACCUUGCUCUUCGAGGGUCUCGCUCGCGUCUGUGCACGUGCCUGUCUCUCACUUGGCAACCUCGACUUUCUCUUUGACACUUUGUACGACAAGUACGAGGACUAUGGUAUCGAAGCCAUCUUUGUUGGCCAGAUGGAGGACUUUAUCGUGUCGGGUGAGCUUCGCUCUCUACCCAUUCCCGUCGUCCAGAGAUUGGUCGCCUUCCGUAGAGACAGGCAAGAGUAUGCUCAGGCAGAGCGUAUCAUCUGGCAUGUCGAUCCAAAAUCGCUCGAUUUGGACCAAGCUUUGUCACUGUGUCUAGACAGGAGGCUCUACGACGCUUUGAUUUAUGUGUUCAAUGCUGCUCUGGAGGAUUAUGUUUCGCCAAUUAUUGAGCUGUUGCAUCCGUUGAGGCGCGCUAUUGGUCAUCGGCGAAGGCAUCAGCAGAGCGUUACGGCAAAUUCCAUUCAAGCAAGUGACGAUCCAUAUGCCCUCAUCCGCGUCACGGAGGCGGCAGAUCUGCAUCAGCCAGACCCAACCUCAGACUGGGAGCUGGAGGAGAAAGAUAUCGAGGAUGCCUACCGAGUCUUUUCGUACCUUUCCGUCCUUCUGACAGGCAACAGAUACCCCAGUCAAGAGCCUUUUCAGGAGGACGAACAGGCGAGCAAGGCCAAGAGCUCCAUCUAUUCUUUUGUCUUUUCUGGCGGCUGCACGCUGUGGCCUCCAGGCCCUGGCGGAAAACUGGUACUCUACGGACUGGACGACGACGCGAACCCCAGCAAUCUUCGCGAAGACGGGAAAGACCAGGUUGCAGAGCACGAACCGAUCUAUCCGUAUCUUCGAUUGCUGCUCGAAUUCGACGCUGAAGCUUUCCUCGAUGCACUCGACCUCGCCUUCGAAGACGGUUUCCUGGACGACGAAGACGUGGUAGGGAAGCGCGUCAGCAGGCAGCUUAUUGUUGAUGUUUUGCUUGAGCUGAACAAUGCGUCGCUCCCCGAAAGACCCGACUUAGCAGGCAACUUGGUGUCACGUCGCUCGCAAGAUGCGAAAUCGCCCAAGAUGCCGUUGGCCGCACGCAUCUUUGCCCACAUUUUUGUCGCGCGCAAUGCGCCCAAGUAUCCGCAAUUUAUCCGCCUUUCACAGCAGAAUGUCGAUCUGCUUUUGCGCUCGCUCGCGUGCCCCUCUCCAAUGAGUAGGGAUGCAAAGGAGGAUCUGGAGGCGAUCGAGUCGACACACGAGGACCGAGAAUUAGCAGCCGAGUGUCUUCUUUCACACUACAAGCCGCGACUCGACGACGACUGGCUGGACACGUUCGAGAAAGCCUCAUUCCAUCGGAUCUUGCGAUCUGUCUUCCGCCAGGAGAAGAAAUGGGAUCGGUUGCUUGGGAUGUACCUUCGACAGCAUUUGCAGACAGGCCAGUCUGACCCUGUUGAUAGGAACAGCGGAGCUGAAGCCAACGCCCCAGGUGGUGAUGCCUUUUCCCACUUUGAAGAGGUACUGUUCAACGCGGCGCGCAAAAAUACUCCGGAAAGGGACGUGCUUCAGACUCGACUGCACGAGCAACUUUCCGAUCACAUUAUCGACCUGCUUGACCUCGAUCCGCUCAAGACGACUGGGUUGCUGGACAGAUUCUUUCCGGGCAAGCAUGAGUCGGUGCUGCGUCGAUUGGAGCAGCUGGAUGAAAAGAGGUUAUUGCUGUACUUGCGUUGCUUUUUCGAGCCGUUACAUGUCAGCAAUGAUAGUGCACUCCACGUGCCUUUCGCAGACCGCGUUGACAAUGAAGCGGGUUUCAACUGGACCGGCAUUAGGGCACCAGGCACAGCGACGUACAUUGUCGAUGCAGUUCGAGCCAAUCCAGAGCAUCUGCCACGCAAAGAGCAAGAUGCAUAUCUUGAUCUCUUGUGUCGAUAUGACCCGGAAACCGUGGUUCGCAACCUCGAUGCCAAGGGUGCCGACUACUUCGACCUUGAGCAGCUUGUGCAGCUGUGUCGAAGUAGGAAGACGGCGAUCGAUGGUAGCAGAGUUGCAGUCAACAGCGAUGCUGUUCUGUGGGCGCUCGAUCGCCUUGGACAAUCCAACGAAGCCUUCGAAGAGCUGGACACGGCGUGUGCCAGGACAGCUGAUUCGCUGGUCUAUGUGGCCUCAGCGGACUCGUUCGGUACCGAUGCAGCGGAGACAGUUGCGGAUGAAUUGCUAGGGGACGUAAGGAGAUGUGUCAACGUCGCUGUGCGGCUGUGUAUCGAGCGAGCCAAUGCAUAUGGUGGAGACGAGGAGACUGACGAGGAGGACAGUGGUACACGAAAGCGAGGAAAGCGAGCAGAAAAGCGAUUGGAUACGGACGAAGUGUGGUAUCGCCUUCUUCGAAGUCUCGUCCGACUGGUUCAUGAUGUUGCUCAUCUCGGUGUCGCCGACAACCAUCAGGGUGAACGCUACAACGGGUCUCGCCCUAAGAAGUUACUCGAUGGCGUUCGUGAUAUUGUCCAAGACACACUCUCGGACCUCAUCUCGUCCACCGCGGCUGAAGCCGUCUCCUUCCCCGCACUCUUUCGCCGACUUACCGGUUCGGACAACGGCAGGACAUCUGCAGCCGGCAGUAAGGCGAUCAAAGCAGAAUCGCAAGCUGGUGUAGCUGAGUACUACGCCGAGAUCCGAUCUGUACUGGAUGGUAUGCUAUCCGCCUACCACUUACGAUCGGAGGUGCUAGCCAUCACGAAUAAGCUUUUCGAUCGCGAUACGUUCCAUCAGUUUCGCCGCUUGCACAUGCAGCGGAAGCACGGCUGGCGCCCUGCAGGGGGCACGAGCACUCGAUGCGCCGGGUGUGACGUACUUGUCAUCGGACCACGACGAGGUGUUUCCACCUUCUAUCCCGUCGCAUUGUACGAAAAUGGCACGAACAUACUCCCCGGCUCACCAGAAGCAGGAAAAGAAGCGGAGACCGAAGAUGUGCGAAGGACGGCAUUCCAACCCUCGCGUAGCACGUCUUUCACGUCUGUCGCUGAAACACGUCGCAGCAGCGGUGGUGUUCAGCUCGGCUCGAUGCUAUCGCCUCCGGCAUCGCUGUUGCAGCCACAUCGGCGCCGAGCCAAGUCGCCGUACGACGAGAAGGCUGCGCCGCUCGCUUCACCGCGUAUCGACAAGGGCAAAGGUGUCGUACGGUCCGCUUCAUCUGAAUUUUCACGCAUCAACGGCGACCAUGCGGUGCUCGGUAAGGGCAAAGCGAAUCGUAGACACGCAAGCGAAGGUGGGGAAGGAGAACUACACGAAGUGGAUGGCUACUUUGCCAGCGAGUUUACGGAUCGUCCUUCGUGGUCUACUCAGCGGCCGACUGGACAAAGCAGCGCCGUCAUGACGAGGUCGAACAGUGUAGCAAGUAGUGCUGGUGUUUCGCUACGCAUCAACGAUGCGCUUGCCGAUGCACAGCAGCACUUGGAAGCAACUGAGGAGGAUGCAGAUGGAACGCUGACACAAGAGCACUUUGGACAGGCUGCGAGCGCGGAUUCAGCGCAUUUGAACGCAGCUACGUUGUCGUCGGAUGAAAUGCAACGCGAAACGGAUGUGGUCGAGGGCGGGAUCGAGGCGGAGAGGAUCGUGGUUCAAAAGUCAGGGCGCGUGUACCACCAACGUUGCUGGCAGCGUUUGCAUGCUUGA